UAUUUUAUUUUUUUUGCAAAACGAAAAAGGAAAAGAAACCUAGAAAUGGAUUUUCCUAAAAAUAAACUUCGGCGGUGAGGACGAGGCCAUUGACUCCAGCUCGCCACUACAAGCCGCCGCACCUCUUCCGCCCACUUAAUCCAUCUUCUCCAACCGGCGGCGGAGGCAAAUUGAAAUGAAGUUGAAGCAGUUGGAGAGCCUUCUCGGCUCACUUCAACAGUUCGACCACCCCAAGAUUGAAUUGGAGCAAUAUCCCACAGGACCCCACAUCGCAUCUCGCUUGCUCUACACUGCAGAGAAUUCGUUCGGGGAUUUGAGUGAUAAGGUAGUGGCAGAUUUCGGUUGUGGCUGCGGAACGCUAGGACUGGCUGCUGGUCUUUUGGGUGCAGAGCACGUUAUUGGAUUUGAUAUUGAUCAGGAGUCUAUCGAAAUUGCAACCUCUAAUGCAGAUGAGCUAGAAUUAGACAUCGAUUUUGUUCAAUGUGAUAUCAGCAAUCUAAGAUUGUCAGAUCAACAUAUUGACACAGUUGUAAUGAAUCCUCCGUUUGGGACACGGAAAAAAGGAGCAGACAUGGAAUUUCUCUCUGUGGCUUUGAAGGUUGCUUCCCGAGCAGUUUAUUCCUUGCACAAAACCUCAACAAGAGAUCACAUCAAAAGAACAGCAAUGAGAGAAUAUAAUGCUAGCAGUGCUGAGGUUCUGUGUGAGCUUCGCUUUGAUGUGCCACAACUCUACAAAUUUCACAAGAAGAAGGAGGUUGACGUGGCAGUGGAUCUGUGGCGAUUCGUUCCAAGAUCCGAUCAUGGAAAGCGUCCCUAGUAGAUGGGCAUCCAUUGCUUGUGACAAAAUAUUCCCAGCAGCGAACCAAAGCAAUAUGAUGUGGAGUCAGCUGAAUCAAAAAGCGGUUAUAAGAUUUUAAGGAGAGAGUUACGAUUGUUAGCAAAUAUGAUAGCAAAUAUAUUUGUGUGAUAAAUUCUGGAGUUGACCAAUGGGGAAGAUGACAAUCAAGAAAUUUUGAUGGUCUUGAUGUGGAGGGCAUUAUUUUUCAUUGUAAAUUAGGAGAGGAGAUGUUAUGGCAUUCCCAAAUUUCAAAAUAUUGCAAUUAUAUCACCAUCUUUUGAAUUUUA